GGGUGGUGGAAAGCGCACGGCCGAAGUGCGGUUGUGUAAAAAGUUGGCGGCAGGCGAGAAGCAUCAUCCUUGACGUCGGUACCUUUCACCCGGAAAAUCCCCUCGAGUGCCGCAUGUGCCUCUCCCACUCUCACUCCACCACGAGUGCAGCCAUACAAUACCGCGCCCACACCGCCCGAAAUAUUCACUGCCCACCUGUUUCCCCACCCAUUCCCUCGCAAAUACGCCCCAACCCCUCUGCAAUCGUGCCUCGUGUGAUCGCAUGGCGAAUGCACGCGACAGCAGCAUCAUCUGCCAAUCCCCACCACCACCCGCGCGGUAACGACGUCGACGCUCCACGCACCGCUCACUGAGCGCACCAACCCAUCACCAUGGCCUUCAACUUCAACUGGUCGCCGCUCAUUGCCGACACGUCGAGGGCGCGCGACAUGCUCACCACCGCCCUGAACAAAUCCCCCAAGCCGCCCAUCAUCGUCGACGACAUCGUCGUCACCGAGCUGAAUCUCGGCACCACCCCGCCAGAGCUCGAGAUACUAGAGAUUGGCGACUUGGCCGAGGACAGGUUCAGGGGCAUCUUCAAGAUGUCGUAUGCCGGCGACGCGUUCCUGACGCUGAAAACAAAAGUUCAGGCAAACCCGCUGAAGACGUAUCUCUCCAACAAGCCAGACUUUGCUUCACCACAGCCACUGGCAGCAUCGUCCGGCUUGACUAUACCAUUGCAAAUCACUCUGUCCAACAUCCGCCUCUCCGGCUUUGUCAUCCUGGUCUUCUCCAAACAAAAGGGCUUGACGCUGGUCUUCAGGAACGACCCUUUGGAGUCGCUCAAGGUCUCUUCGACAUUUGAUUCCAUCCCAUUCGUGCGUGACUACCUGCAGAAGGAGAUUGAGGGGCAAUUGCGUGUCUUGUUCAUGGAGGACUUGCCGGCUAUUAUUCAUAGGCUAUCACUACGCAUGCUGUCGCCCGAGUACCAAGAGAUCGAGACAGAAGAGCGACUGGAAGGCGCUAACGAUACAACCGCAGCCAUCGACCCUCUCGCAUCGCCACCACAAGAUGCUGUCGAUGCCUUCGGGAACCCAUUAGACGAAGCCCAAAUUUCUGCCUUAUCGCUCGACUCUGGCGAAAUCCACGCCUCCUUCUCCCAGAAGAACAUCCUCCGCCUAGCCGCCUUGUCCGAAUCGCAACGAACGCUAUCCCUCUUCACACCCGGCAUACGCGAUGCCGUCUUCAGAGCAUGGGCAGGUCACCCAGACAGACCCGAGUCUGGUGCUGCUACGCCGGCACUCACACAAGGCAGCCUAUCGAGGAUACAGUCGACCUUUGGCAGCCUCAAGUCUGGCGCGUCGUCGGUUGCGUCUGGCUCAACAGGCAAUGAUACACACAGCUCACGACCUACCAUGGCAUCGGCAUACUCGACUCCUUCGGGGCUCAGUCUUGGCUCAAGUCGCUCUCGCACUGGUGGCAUGCGGAAACGAAAGAAGCGUGUUGUUGAUCUGCGCAAGAAGGAGGACGUUGAUUCUGGCGUGUCAACUGGAGCCAAUACACCAUUACCAAGUGCGUACGCAUCUGAGACGUCAAGCGUCAUCCCCGAAGAGAGGGAAGCAGAGGAAGAAUUGGCUACCCCACCAAGGAGCCCCGCACAACCUGGCAUGCGCUUCGAGAGCCGCCGUGGCAGUCUGGACAUUGGUACACCGAAGCGGAUACCUGAAGAGCCGCCUGCUUUUGGCCCUCUUCUUGCCCCUGCACCAGAUCUUUCAGAUGCACCCAAGCCACCCAAGUCCACCAAAUCGAAGCAAACCACCCCACCAGCCGCUCACCUCGAAGACCCAUUCAUAUCCCACUCAUCUUCCAGACGCCCGCCGAUUUCGCGUAAUAAACUACGGCAAGCACAGCAGUCCACCUCGCCACUCCUACGCUCCUUGUCGUUUGACAAGGUCUCCUCGCUCUCAGCUCUAUGCUCGCCACCGCGCACUUCUUCACCACCUAACGCUGACGUCAUGGCCAGCUCCGGUGGCAUCCUUGAACAAGCCUGGAUGACAAAGAUGGCGCAGGAGAUUGCGAGAAAGGUUCAAGAGGAAAAGGACCGGUCGUCUCGCCGGCCUUCGCACGCCAGGACGAAGACUGCGCCCACAGGAGGCUUCUGGCAGAACGAUGACGAGAUUGAGGCACCGCCUGCUUACGUCGCGUAAGCUUGAUGAAAUUAUGAGCGAUGAAGUUUCCAUGACGAAGCACCGUUCAGUUCUUGCAUGUUGUUUGUCCAUCAUUUGUUGUUUCUUUUGUUUCUGCUUCUUAGCAUUGGCGUAUCAGGAUAGGGAAAAGCUCGUUGCAUCGGAUCAACUUGAGUAAGAUUGCUUGCAUAUAUUCGGGUUUGCAUCAAGGAAGG